AUGUUUGAUUAUUGUAACGUCAUGUCCAGCAGAUCAGAUGCCAAGUCAGGUCCCUUCCUUCAGGAAGAGAUCAUGUCUUUGAAAGGUUUGGAACUCCUCACUCAGCAUGCAGAGCAUGUUGAGUCUGCACCAGAAACGAUACCAGAGGCAUCACCUCCUGUCUUUCAAGAGAAGAAGCCUGCAGAGAAAAAACCUGUUAAGCCAAAGUGGGGGUCAUCUCGAGCGGGUAUGAAAUCGAGUCGUGUAUGGAGUCAUGUCGGAAGUUGUCAACAAAUAGAAAAUAAAUGUUUUCAACUAGGAAUAUCAUUUAAAGAAAUAUUUUUUUUAUCUACUACUGGGGGUUAA